AUGGCCAACACACAGCUCCCCUCUCACGAGCAUCUGGAGAUGAUGCGGAGUUCAGCCUUCGAGUCGGAGCAUGCCUGGCUCUACGACGCGUCUUACCAGCAACACAAGGCUGCAGCCUUGGCCCUGGAGCACCAGAUCGAACAGUCGCUCGCCAGCAUAUCGCCCGACGAGAACUUGGACGAGCAGCUGCGCAUCAUCAAAACACAGAUCAGCAUCCACAGGGAACGACAGCGAGCACUACGGCCCCACCUCGAGAGCGGAAGUGAUCAGAUCGACGAGUAUGGCAACGAGUGCAUCUUCGUGCCAGCACCCAACCAGUGGGGAGCGAAUGGCGACCUCGACGAGGAGAGCGAGAGCCUGUCAGCAGUACAAAACCUCUUGACAUGGCAAGCCUCAUACUCACCCAUCUCUUACACACCCCUCUACGACGAGCUUCCCUCGCCCGACAUUCCCUACCACUCACUGCUCGACCCGAACCAGCCCACGACCACGUACCACCUCCACCGCACAAGGGAAUGGACGGGCUCUUCCGGACAGCGCAAGUACAUCUACACAGCGCGCGAGUACUCGGACAAGUACGCUCUCUACAUGCUAGAAACGUCACACAGAGGAGACACCCAGGUAAACGCCGCAGACUUCUUCCGAGUUGCCGAGUACCCAAACCCUUGCAUCUCAAUCCUGUUCUCCGGAAUCGACAAGAAGCGCAUCACAACCGACUCCUCCAAGGACGCCGCCUACAAGUCACGGUGUAUCCACCUGCGAGGUCCAUUCUCACAGCCAGUCAAAGAGUACCCGGACCGGCAACACAAGAUCCCGUGGUCGCCGCGACGCUUCACUUACGGCGGUCGGCGAUUUGUAUGGAAGGCGGGGGACCCAAAUGACGACACAAUGCCAGAAACACUAUACGAGUACCAAAGGGACUGGGCGAAGCCAGGCAGCCGCACAGGCAAGCGAGUCGACGACGCGAGACCAAUGACGAAGCUCGUAUGGGGAGAGAAGAAGAAGCAGGGCAAGCUCGACAGCUACACGAUUCACUUCAAGGGCGGUAUGGACCAGGUGUUCAGAGAGCUGCUUCUAGCUAGCCAGAUGGCUAGGCAGGUGUGUUUGUUCACGGCCGUGGAUUAGGACAAAAUAGAUGGGAGCACUACGACAACAAACUUUGUAUUAUUGGACGAUUAUUAUGACGGCGCGCACUUGGGCUUAUGGCAUAGCGAGGAUACCACUGGCGUUGAUGCAGGAUGCAUAUUUCGAUACCACUGUAGCAGGGCUACUUGCGCUUAUUUAGGCGCCACUAUCUAGUCUGCACCUCUCAUUCAGACACAGACUACCACCAAAUUCAUCACAAUAUCAUAUAAC